AUGAAGACUGCGGCCAUUCUCCCUCUUCUUUGCGUCUUGGCUGCCUCGGCGCCUACUCCGAAAAAGGCCCCCGUGGAAGAUGUCCAUCGACGCCAGACUACCGAUGUCGGUGAUGCUGGACUCGGCAGUGUCCUUGGUGGAUUGAAGGCUCGACAAGAUGCUGGAAGUGACGAGAGCGAUCCACUAGGCGGUCUCCUUGGUGGCUUGAGAAGACGCCAGUCUUCCGAAAGCGAGAAUGGGGGACUCGGUGGUGUCCUCGGCGACCUCGGCGGCCUCGGCGGCCUGGAAAAACGUCAAGAUACCGCGACUCUUCGUAGUGCCAUUACCAGUAUCACUGACGACCUGCCCGUCAGCGCAAACCAGAGACGCCAAUCUUCCGUCUCGGGUUCUGAUAAUGACGACAACGACGACUCUCUUCUGAACUUGCUGGAUGGCAGCGACCUCAAACUCGACGGCAACGGGCAAGACAUCAACGUUGCCGACCUGCGUCGUCGUCAACGCCCCAGUCUGACGAACAACCGUGAUGCGAAUGGUAACAAUGAUGAUACCCUCCUAAAUGCAGUCGACGGCUCCCGUGCCGGCGUGAAUCACAACGCGCAAAACAUCUCUAUUGCUAAAUAUAGGCGGAAGCGCCAGCUCCUCAACGGCCUCGGCGGAGAGUCCGAGUCCGUGUCCAACAGUGGAAAUGGAGACAAUGAUGAGAGUCUUUUGAAUCUACUCGACGGCUCAAGUGCGCAGGUAGAUCACAAUGUCAAAAAUGUGACUAUCCUCCGCCGCUACCAGCUCCAGCAGCACCAGUCCCGUCACGAAUCCGUCUCCCUCGUUAUGAAGGCUAGGAGAUGGUUGAGCACUCUUUUCAGUCGAGAUGCGCCUACUAAAACUACCACUGACAGCGGCAAUGCCAAUGACGAUGACGCUCUGGUAAACGCGCUUGAUGAUUCUGCUGCCGCCGUAGACGGUAAUGGGCAGGACGUCACUGUUCUACGUCGUCGACAAGCCUCGACACCAACACCAUCUGCCUCCGCGGUGCCAAGUGCAUCCGCAGCCCCCAUCGCACCAGCCCAAGACCCUGCUGCAGCACCGGGACCAAGACCAGCCCUCAACGCCGCGGACGGCGACAACAGCCAUUCCACCAACACCAACACCGGCGACAACAAUCAUUCCGACGACGACGCACUCGUCAACGCAGCCGACGGCUCAGGCGCAGACGUAAGCAAGAAUUUGCAAAACAUCACUAUUCUCAAACACCGUCGCCAAGACAUCGGCCACAACGACGAAGGCGACCACAAUGCCGACGAUGACGAGACAGUGGCCAAUGCGCUUGAUGGCUCUGACCUGAACGCAGAUGAUAAUGCUCAGGGAGUUGAUGUCGCGCCUCUUUAA